AUGGAGCAGCAGCUGAAGAACUAUUAUCGGAAGGAGAACUUAAAGAAAGGAUCAAUCCAGACUUUACUUCUUUCGCUCUCAUUGGAAACAAUAGGGGGUGCUGGUGCGGCUGGUGGUGGUAGCGCUGGUGGUGGUGGUGGUGGUGGUGGUGAUGAUGAUGGUAUUGGUAUUGGUGCUUCUUUGGCGGUGUAA